UUAAAUAUAGCGACAAAAUAUAUUUAAUGAUGGUAGAAGUUCUUAUAUUUGUAUGAAAUUGUAUUUUUAAAGAAAGGUGAAAUUGUAUUCUAAAAGACGAAUAAUUUGAAAUCCAAAUUUUGUAAAAUCCUUAUAUUUGUCUUAUUUUUUAUUUGAAAAGUAAUGAUAUCUUGAAACCCCACUAAAAUUAUACAAGCUCUUGAAAUCCACUACUUCAUCUUUGUUUUUGCUAUCUCUUUUUUUCCUUUUCAAUUUCAGAAGUUUAACUUUUAUAAUGACCCCUAGAAUCAAGUUAUUAAGAUAUUGUUUGGAUGUUAAAAUGUCAUUACUCCUAUUUUAAAAGUUUGUACUGGGUGUAUUUUUUUUUUGAGAGGUGUAUUAUUCUUCACAUAUUAAAUAAGAAAACAUAAUCAGGAAAAAGAAAUUCAUAUUUUUUAGAAAAAUAAAGGGAAGACAAAUUAUAAUUAUUUAAACCAAGGUAGAAUAACAUUACAUUUCUAUUUCCUAGCUCUCAAUUUCUUAUUCCCUAUUCCUCUUUUCCCUACCCCUUUUUGUGUUGUGGUGAAGCGGCUGCGCAGUGGAGAGAAGAAUGAAUCGAAUCACAGUUCCAAUGGAUGAGCCUAAGCCUUCUUGCAACUCCACACUUUCCACUGCUUCUCACCUUACUCGCACUGAACUUCUGAAACGCCGUUUCCAGAAUCUCAAACGUCUCUCCAAGUGUUACAGGGACCUCUACUGGCAGCUCAUGGAACAAGUCAAGACCCUCUACAGACACUACCUUUAUCACUAUGCUCUUAACCCUUUUAGGCACUUCCACUUUCCCACCUGUUCUUUCCUAGGUUGCAACCUCAAGCCCAUGCCUUUCACUUCCUUUUGCCACUUUCACAUUCUCUCCGAUUCCAACCAGAAGCUUUAUAAGCCCUGCAAUUAUCUUAUCAAAGGUGCAGAAGCUGGACCUAUAACUUGUGGGAAACCCAUACUGAGAUCCAUCAUUCCAGCUCUUUGCACUGUGCACUCUCACAAGGCUCAGAAGCAUCUUGCAAGGGCUUUGAAGAGGAAUAGUAGGAACGUUUCCUCCACAACUAACAUCGCUCCUAAAUUUCAUACCUUGGUGUCAGAAUAUGUAAAACACAUUCAAGCGAGAAGAAAGGAACAACUGGAAAACAAAAGUAAAACUGUGUUCAAAGACAGAAUGAUGACUGCUUGAGUAGUAUGAAAGUGGAUGCAAACAUAAUUUUAUUUUAUUAUUAUUAUCCUUAAUUACCGAAAUGCGAAGAGGAGGCAAGUCAGGCUAAUCCUCCUAAAUUUCUAAAGUGAAGUCGUUUUGGAUUAUAGAACUUCUUCAUAAAAUUGAAGUAGCUAUUACUUUCUA